AUGAGUCUGCAACCAUUAAAUCCAGUGAACUGUGAAGGCCUUCUGCAACCUGGUUGUUCACUGCUGCAGCUGGAUGGCGAAGUUCUCCUGUUCGGCCAGAAAGGCUGGCCCAAGCGCUCUUGUCCAACAGGAGUAUUUGCUGUCCGCUUUAAACAUGGAGAGCUCAGGUUGAGAGCCAUCUCUUUCUCCAAUGAUUCCAAUUAUCUUCCUCCUCUGCGUUGCCCAGCUGUUUGCCGCCUCGAUCCUCAUGACGGGCUUCCAGAGAGUUAUCUCAUCCACGGUGGCCGCACCCCUAAUAAUGAAAUGUCACCAAGCCUUUAUGUUCUUAGCGUGGAUAGCCGUGGUUGCAAUCGCAAACUGACCCUACGGUGUAAAGAGGAAGAACUGGUAGGAGAAGUACCCAAUGCUAGAUACGGCCACACAAUCAGUGUCGUUCAAAGCAGAGGGAAGACGGCCUAUGUGGUAUUCGGUGGACGGUCUUACAUGCCCGCAAAAGAGCGGACCUCGGAGAACUGGAAUAGUGUCACUGAUUGUCCUCCUCAGGUGUUCUUGUUCGACCUCGAGUUUAGUUGCUGUUCUGCUCACACUUUUCCAGAGCUCAGUGAGGGACAGUCUUUCCAUGUGGCCCUCGCUAGGGAGGACCGUGUCUACUUCCUUGGCGGUCACUCUUUGAAAUCUGACAGCCGCCCUCCUCAGCUCUUUUGCUUGCAUGUCGAGCUCCUGCAAGGUAGUCCAUUAUUGUCCUGUGACAACCUUGACUUGGGUCUAUCCAUCUCAAGUGCCAUAAUUGCCCGCACAGGACCUUCUCACAAAUACAUUAUAUUGGGAGGGUAUCAGUCAAACUCUCAGAAAAGAAUGGAAUGCAACACCGUCAUUCUGGAUGAGAAAGGAAUUAACAUUGAACCUCUCGACGCACCAAAAUGGACCCCGGAUAUUGUUCAUAGUCGAACUUGGUAUGGUGGCGCUGCAGGGGAACGAAGCAUGUUGCUAGCUGUACCGACUGAGGGGAGGUCAUGCCAAACAGACAUGCAUUACUUCUAUCUAGUGAACUUUCAGAAAGAGGUAGAAGGUGAAGAUGAACAGCAGGCCUGCAGUCAAGAGCUGACAGAUUAUGACAACUCCACUCCUCUUGAAGAUUCAGAAGAGCUCUACUUUGGCCGUGAGCCUCAUGAGCUGGAGGACGAUAGUGAGGGAGAAGGUGAUAAAUACAAUGAGAAAGAUGAGGAGGAUGAGUCACAAUCAGGCUACUGGAUCAAAUGCUGCCGUGGUUGUCAGCUGGACCCCAAUACAUGGGAGCCAUAUUAUUCCACUGAGCUCCACCGGCCAGCCAUGAUCUUCUGCUCUAAGGGAAAGGCAGGACAUUGGGUCCACGCCCAGUGCAUGGAGCUGUCUGAGACGCUGCUGCUCAAGCUCUCUCAGGGCAAUAAAAAAUACUUCUGCCUUGAACAUGGUGGUCUUCCUCACCAGGAGAUGACCCCACCUCGAAAGGUCAUGCCCCUGCAGCGCACCCCACUUAAAGUUAAACACAGGAAAUCUCAUACAGGACGCAAGAUUCCGCAUCUCAAAAAAAGUGUUUUCAGAACACUUUUUGACUAA